AGUUCAAAAUUAUUUUAUUUAAGAAAAAAUUUAAAUUUUGAUAUCCGAAAUUAGAUAAAGUUAUGAAACAUUUAGAAGGAUAUAUUCUUAAAUUUUAUAAUUUGCUUCUUCGCAAAGACUUCAAAAAUUUACCUAUCGAUGGAAGGAACUAUUUAUAUAAUGAUAAAGUUUAUUCUUCUUCAAUAAUCUUGCCCGAUUCUAACCUUACUCUCAAGGAAAAAUCCAAAAUAAAUGAAGUCGAUGAGAAAAAAAUUAUAACUAAAGCUAUUAAAACUUUUGAUAUGAUACCAGGACCACAAGGCUGGCCUUUGAUCGGAACACUGUUUGACUAUAUCAAAAAGAAUGGUUAUGGAUUCGAUAAUAUGUUUAAGGCUCAAUAUGAUAGAAGCCUCGAAUUUGGCACGAUCUAUAAAGAAAAGAUAGGGCCCGAGGUAUUAGUCGUAAUAACAGACCCCAAGGAAUAUUCAAAGGUAGUUAGAACCGAUUCGAAAUACCCAAACCGAAUGGCUCUAGAGCCUAUGAUACACUAUAGAAGGAUACGCAAUCUACCCAUUGGUCUUUUUAAUGCUGUGGGAGAGGAUUGGCACAAAUAUCGUAAAGUUUUAAACUCAAAAAUGUUGGAUAUGAAAGAGGCAAAUAAUUAUUUGCCAAGAUUGAAUGAAGUAUCGACCGAUUUUGUUCAACGUUUAAAGAUUGUUUCCAGGCUAGAUAACUUUUGCAUUGAAAAAGAACUCUUUAAAUGGGCAAUGGAAUCCAUUGGAGUAUUGCUAUUCGAUUCUCGUUUAAAUUGUUUUCAAGAUCCAAUGCCUAUUAAAACGACCCAUUUUAUUGAAAGCGUUGCUGGAUAUACCCGUACAUUACAGUCUUUGAUUACAGAUUUUCCUUGGUACAAAUAUUACAAAACUAAAUUAUGGAAAGAAAAUGAAAAAUAUGCCGAUGUCAUAUUUAAAACUGGUGAGGAUCUUGUUGAAGAAAAAGUUUUAGAAUACGAAAAGAAUAAUACAUUACAAAACACUUCUCUACAAUCAUAUUCGAUCUUAAGUCAUCUUUUAAUGAAUACAACUUGGUCAAAAAAGGAAAUAAAUGUCACUUUGAUUGAUUUAAUGAUGGCUGCUAUAGAAACAACGUGUUUUGCAGUUUUAUGGACUUUAUACUGUUUGGCAAAAAAUCCCAGGGUACAAAAUAAAUUGUGCGAAGAAAUUAUACAAAUUAAAAAAUCUGAUGGUAUAAACUUGGAUCAAAUGCAUCAACUAAAUUAUUUGAAAUGUUGCGUAAAAGAAGCUUUGAGGAUAUACCCUGUAGUCUAUACAACCAGUCGGAUUAUAGACAAGAGCCUAACAUUAAAUGAAUAUGAUAUACCUAUAAAAACUCAUGUGCAAGGUAGUUUAUAUGCUAUGGGUAGAAACAAAAAUUUGUUUGAUGAACCAGAGAUAUUUGUUCCAGAACGAUGGUCCAAUGAAAACAUAACAUCCACAAAAGACAAAAAUUCUGACGAUUAUUUUCAAAUCGAUAACGUAAAUCAAAGAAAUCUUAAAUGUCCGUUCAGCUCAAACAAUACUAAAACUCAAAUGAAUAUUAAAAAAAUGAGCAAAGAAAUAUCUAGCUUUGCAUCUUUGCCUUGGGGACAUGGUGCACGGAUGUGUAUAGGGAGGCGAAUCUCGGAAGUUGAAAUAUAUACCGUGAUAUCUAAUAUAAUUCAGCAUUACGAAAUUGAGACAAUUGGUAAACAUAUGGAGGAUGUAGAUCCUGUAUUACAUCUAGUUUUAUGCCCUUCAAUCAAGAUCAAGUUAAAAUUUACCCAUAGAAAAUAAUCAUUCUUGCUAAGGGUAGUUUUUCAUCCAGUGCAAUUUACAUUUAUUGUGAUUAUUUAAAUUUGAUUAUAUAUCUAAAUUAAUAAUGAAAAGUUUAAAAUAUUCAGUAUUAUAUAUUUUUGUAUUAUGUUUAAUGAUUUGUAAAAUAUCAUUUAAAUGCAAAUCUUCAAAAUAUUAUCAAUGUUAAUAAAUUUGUUAUAUUUAUACAUUUAAUAUUAUUAUUAUAUAUAUAUAUAUGUAUAUAUAUCAAAUUUAAGUAUAAAUUGGUAUUUAUAUAAUAUUCAUUAAACAA